UCGGCUCUGUCUCGCCUGUAAAACAUCGGUCACGCAGCCACGGGAGGCCUGGCGACUCUCACCGAUCCACCAGAGUAUAAAACCCAAUAUCACAUUCAUUCACUUCCAUCCAUCACUCCUUUCUCUUCCUUCGUCAAGUUCUUAGUUAUGGGGACUAACGCCAGGACGCCUUGGGCUCUGUGCAUCACGCUCGUCCUCCUUUUCUCGGCCAAUGCGGGAUCCAGCCAGGAGUUUGCCACCGAUCCAUUCGGCGCGAGCGCGCAGCUCGGCGGCGAUGCCACCGCUACCUCGGUGGAUUCCUCCAACAGCCUUGGCGGCGGACUGGGUGGCUUACUAGGAGGCGGCGGCGGAGGUGGUGGAAGCGGCGGAUUUGGUGGCCUGGGCGGUGGCGGAGGAUGCUCCAGCAACUACUGGGCGCAGCAUCCAAACUCGUGGCCCAACCUCCUCACGAUCUACACCACGGUGACCCAAGUCCUCGGCCAGGUCGCGUACACGAUCUUCGGCGGCCCCACGACGCUCCUGGGCGCGCUCCAGAACCAGUCCACCGAUGCCUACUCGUCGCUCCUCCGCGAGGCCACCGCCGCGCUCCUCAACUCCUACUCGCGCCCCGGCUUCCAGUACUCGCCCUCCGCCAUACGCACCGCCUUCCAAUCCUCGCUCCACAGCCAACGAUCGGCGGCGUACCAGGCGGCGCUCUUCCGCCACGCAAACUCUGGCUAUGGCGCCGAUUCCUCGUGCUCCUAGACCCAAGGAGGAAGAAGGCGGGUUAGCAGCUAACUCAUGAUUAAGCCUAAUAAGCAUGAUUAGUUAUCCGUAUAAAUGAGUGAUUUUUCGUUGGUGUUGUCGAGGAAGCCCAUGAUUGAAAUGCGCAAGUAGUGAUUAAUCA